AUGGUUACUAUUGAAGUGAAAAAAUUGUCGUUGCAUAUCGUUGGUAUAAGUGUCGUUGCAAAAUAUUUUGCUGCGACAUUUGAUGUCGCUGUGAUAACAAAUGGUUUCACAACAAUACUUAUUGCUACCUUAAUUGAUCUAGCACAAUCAAACACAAAGCCGGUUGUUAUAAGUUUAGAUGAAUCCAGUGAAAGUGUUAUCAAUCUGAGUAAGGAUGCUUUAGCUUUAACUCUAAUUUCACCAGAUUUCGGUCACAUAAUCCACCAAAAUCCAUUGACAAUUUUUGCACCAUCUUCCAUUCAUGACAUAUCAAAAUUGAUAAAAUUCUCAAACUCACUUCUAAUUCCUUUCACUAUAGCUGCUAGAGGGCAAGGACAUUCGGUUAAUGGACAAUCCAUGACAAAUGAUGGUGUUGUGGUGAACAUGACUGAAUUGAAUAAUAGUAAUAAUAAUGGAAUUGUUGUGUUUGAUGAUUAUGUUGAUGUUGUUGGUGAACAAAUUUGGAUAGAUGUUUUGCAUGCAUGUCUUGAAAAAGGAUUAACACUACUUUCUUGGACUGAUUAUUUGUAUUUAUCUGUUGGUGGAACACUCUCUAAUGCUGGGAUUAGUGGUCUUGGUCCUCAGAUUUCUAAUGUUCAUGAGUUAGAUGUUGUUACAGGUAUGUACCAAACAUUCUUUUCAUAUUUAUAUGAUUAUGUUGAUGUUGGUGGUGAACAAAUUGGGAGUGGUGAUUCGGGAUAUGGCGGCGAAGAGGUGGUUGUUUUGGUGUAUGGUGGUGGUGGUGGUUGUUUUGGUGAUUCUGCUAUUAAUGUUGUUGAAAAUGAAGAAAGAAGCAGGGACAGUGGUAAGAGUAGUGAGUCCAGUCAGCGCCACCGUGUCUACUAA